AUGGGCAUCCUCAACAUCACAAACGCCUGCGCGCACCUGCAAAACGCCUCCCGCGCACGGCUGGGGCUGACGUCGCUGCCCAACACGAAAUACAACCUCAUGUUCGCGCUGGCCCUGCACCGGUCGGGCCUGAUCGCGAGCGUGACGCGGGCGGGGCCGACGCCGCCGGCGCCCGAGGAGCUGCUGACGUUCACGCCGGAGCCGGUGACGAGCGCCAACGUGGCGACGCGGCGGCUGUGGCUCGGGCUCAAGUACGUGGGCGACACGCCCGUGAUGCGCAACGUCACGUCCAUCAGCAAGCCGAAGCGCGCCAUCACCAUGAAGCUCCCCGGGCUGCGCCGCGUCGCCCGCGGCUUCGAGAGCGGCUACGUCGACGGGCUCAAGAUGGGCGAGUGCAUGUUCGUCGCCACCGACAAGGGCGUGCUUGAGAUCAGGGAGGCCCUGGAGAAGGAGAUUGGCGGGCUGGUGCUGGCGCGGGUGUCACCUUACUGA